AUGUCAAAGUUGCAAGAAGUGGACUCACACUGAAUGUGCUGGGGUCAGCCCCAAAAGCAAAUCUUUCAUUUGCGAACUAUGUAUUUAGAUCUUCACGUUUUUAUGUUGUUUGCGUUAUUUUUUUACGUAUCAACGCCAAGAUAUUUAUGUUUUCGUCAUAGACGAAGACACACUAUGCCAUCAUAGACUGACGACUAGGCCAUCAUACCUGAAGGUCUGGGUAUGA